UCACCGAUCUCACAGUUGCUCGGUGCGUACAUUUCAUUGAGCACGAGAGCAGCCUUGAUUCCAGUUUGUAAUUAUGGAUUUCACUUAGCAUAUGCUUAGUCUCAAUUAUGUGUCUAAAGAUGACGAACGUGUUGACGGGCUUACUCGGUUUUUUCUUAAUCACGGCUGUCAUCCAGGUCUCAGCCGAGGAUGCAUUCACAGUUUUCUUCGAUGGCGGCAAAGAGUUCAGCGCCAUAAAAGCAGACGUGGACGCAAUUCGUAUUUCCGGAAAUAAAUUAAAUACAGACCUGUCAAAUAGAUUAAACAAAAUCGAAAACUCAAUUGAAAAGUUGACUGGGAUGAUGCAGAAUUUGGCCAAGAACAUGGAAUCUUUGAAGGGUGCUCGUAAAUGUAAGAUUUCAAUUACCGAUAUAAACCGGAAACAUGAACUUUAACUGGAAGGAAAGUAAAUUUUUUCUGGACGAUAACCGUUCCGCGCCUCAAUAUCUAAGCUCCGUAUAUGAGUAAGAAGUGUAUGUAAUUCACGUGGCUUCAGUAUAAUAAUUUAAAUAGCUUGGAAAGGCUAAUUAUUGGUAAUAAAUUCUUCACAGUAACUUUUUAAUAAAUUGAAAUAUUUUAGUUAAAAAUACCAUUAUGUUUACUGAUAAUUUCGCAUGCCUUUUCAAUGAAUACAAUAUAUAAUAAUAACAAUAAUUAGUUGAA